UUCUUAUGCCAGCAAGUUAAGGUGUAAAAAUGAGAGGUACAAGUCCAACGCAAAGUGGAGAGUAAAAAUUUGAUCCCAAUUCUCCCGCUUUUUCUGGAUGACCCGAAUUUGAAGCUUAACCCAUCUUCAUACUCCCUCCAUUUAAAUCCCCCGUUCUCUAAUAAUUAAAAUUGCAGACUCCGUUUAAUCGUAAUUUAUCCGUUUUCCGUUUAGCAAUUGGCUUGUCUCUCAUCCCAGAUUAUUGGAUUUCAUUGCUACAUUUCAUUCUCGUAUAUUGGAUGAUGCAGGAUGGGAAAGGUUAAGCUGGAUAUAAAGAAAUUAGAGAAUGCAAGCAGCCGUCAAGCCACUUAUUCAAAACGGAAACAUGGAAUCUUGAAAAAGGCGCAAGAGCUAUCUAUAUUGUGUGAUAUAGACCUAGCCCUUGUCAUGUUCUCACCAGGUGGCAAACCUAGUUUAUGUUGUGGAAAGCACAGCAGCAUAGAGGAGAUCAUUGCUAGGCUUAAUCAGUUGCCUCCACAGGAGAGGACAAAAAGAAAGCUGGAAGGUCUUGAAGCACUGAAGAAAGCAUACAAGAAGAAGUCGGAACAUGAUGUAAAUAUAGAAGAUUUGCUUGAUUCAAGUGGACCAAAUAUUAAGGAUGUGACUGACCAGGCUUCUAGACUACAAACAAGACUAGCAGAGAUCCAUGAAAGACUAUGGUAUUGGACAAACCCUGAAAAUGUCAGCGAUUUUGGACUUCUAAUGCAAAUGGAAGAUUCACUUGAGAAGUCACUUGGCCAAAUUCAAAGGGAAAAGGAAAAUUUUCAAAACAGACGUCGUUUGGCCUUGGAGAAUGAGUUAAAAGAGAGCAUACAUCUACCUGUUCAAGCAAGUGGUGGACAACAUCUUCAGCAGCCCUUGUUAUGGACCGCAAGUGAUAAUUUUCAGCACAUGGGUCUAACUCAGGAGCCAAAGUUACCUACCCAAAGGGAUAUAGAUAGCUGCACUGGUUCUAAUUCUGGGAGCUAUUUUGGGUGUCUAAGCACAAGUAGUAAGUCAGAGGAUAAUAGCCCUGGCCAACUUAGUGGUAUAGACAAUAUUGGUCAGGAUGCUUUUCAGGGGCUUCAAUUUGGCGGCAUGUAUUCAUAUCUUCCAUACGGCCUCAAUAUGCCCAGCACUGGUAACACUAAUCUUCAGUCUAUGUUAAGUUUUGACCAACGACAAAACACUCUUGCUUAUGAUCCUGCUAGAAACUAUCAGCCAAACUUGCAGUGCCAUGAUGUUAGCAAUCAUUUUCCAAUUGAUAGUCCAGCUGAUUUUACACUUGACUUUUCCAACUACCAGAAAUCAAGUAUAGCAGCUCCUGCAAUGCCGUCUAUUUAUGAGAGAAUGGCCGGAGAUUCCAGUCACCUAUUAUUCGACAAUAAUCAUAACCAUUAUACUUGAGUAGCUGACAUUCUUUCUGGUUCUAUUACUUAUUUACCACUAUAUAUGCACUAUACAUAUAACUCUAUUAUAUGGGUUGCUUGUACACCCCCAACAUCAACGAAUGUUGCUGAGGUGAUCUGCACACCUCAAGCACUUCUGUAUUAGAUAUAAUAUCUACACCAUAGUUAAAUAUUAUAGGCAUGAAUAUGAAUGACCAGCCAACUCUGUAUUUUAUUCUUUCAGACUGAUGUAACCAAUACAUACAGCAGCUAUCGGCGAACUGAAAGUACAGUACAGUGUGUAUUUGAAAUGCUGUUUACAUAAUUAUAAAGAAAUGAAGUACUAUAUUUGCUACUGUA